AUGACAGUACCCCCUCCUCAAGGGACGGAUCCCAGACGUCCAAAAAACAACCAGGGAGGGAGAGGGACCGUAGGAAAGGCAGGAGCUGGGACGUGGAGCCGGGGCCGGGGCGUGGAGCCAGGGUCGGGACGUGGAGCCGGGGUCGGGACGUGGAGCCGGGGUCGGGACGUGGAGCCGGGGUCGGGACGUGGAGCCGGGGUCGGGACGUGGAGCCGGGGUCGGGACGUGGAGCCGGGGUCGGGACGUGGAGCCGGGGUCGGGACGUGGAGCCGGGGUCGGGACGUGGAGCCGGGGUCAGGACGUGGAGCCGGGGUCAGGACGUGGAGCCGGGGCCGGGACGUGGAGCCAGGGCCGGGACGUGAAGCCGGGGUCAGGACGUGGAGCCGGGGUCAGGACGUGGAGCCGGGGCCGGGACGUGGAGCCGGGGCCGGGACGUGA